UGUUAUUUUCCAGUUGCGUUCUAAAUAUAUUAAACUACAAGAUCCAGAAUGCACCACGAGUCCAAAAUCCGUUGAUUACACCCCCUCCGCAUCAGUGGAAAGUAUGGUCAUGAAGAAUCGCUCUCUAUGGCUGCCUGUCUGACAAUCUUGCUGGGUUCAUCCAAUUAGAAACCUCGCGUGCAGCCGUAGGCUCAGCGAGUGUACCUUCGGCAGCCAUGUUGUGUCCCGGGAGACUCGGAGCUUGUUUGGAGCGGGCAAGGAAAGAGUUCCAUAUUCGAAUUUUGGGACGGUGUUUUUGGCAAUAAGAACCAACUGGGUCAGGUAGAAGAGAAGAGAAAGAGAUCACCAUGAGCCGGCCGUCCUCGGCUGGCGGCGGAGGCGGAGGGCUCGGGGCCGGGAAAGCAGGCGGCGGUAAGCAUAGUGGCUCCGCUGGAGCAGCUGCCGCCGCUGCCGCAGCUGCAGCUGCCGCGGCAGCGGCUGCUGGAGUGGCCGGAUCGGCGGCCGGUUCGGGGUCCGCGGCUCCUACAACUGCCACAGCAUUGCCUGCUUCUACUUUGCCCGGCCAGACCGCGGAGCUGACUGCGCUGUUCGAAUGCCCGGUAUGUUUUGAUUACGUCCUGCCGCCCAUCCUGCAGUGCCAGGCCGGGCAUCUGGUGUGCAAUCAGUGCCGGCAAAAGCUCAGUUGUUGCCCGACUUGUCGUGGCCCCCUCACCCCCAGCAUCAGGAACUUGGCCAUGGAGAAAGUGGCUUCCACUCUGCCAUUUCCGUGCAAGUACGCCUCAGCUGGUUGCCUGCUAUCCUUGCAUCACAGUGACAAGCCAGAACAUGAAGAGAUCUGUGAGUUUCGUCCCUACACAUGCCCCUGCCCUGGAGCCUCCUGCAAGUGGCAGGGCUCACUGGAAGCUGUGAUGCCCCAUCUAAUGCAUGCUCAUAAAAGCAUCACCACAUUGCAAGGUGAGGACAUAGUGUUCCUGGCCACUGACAUCAACUUGCCAGGAGCUGUUGACUGGGUGAUGAUGCAGUCCUGUUUCGGUCAUCAUUUCAUGCUUGUGCUAGAAAAGCAGGAGAAGUAUGAGGGACACCAGCAGUUCUUUGCAAUAGUUCUGCUAAUUGGCACACGCAAACAGGCGGAGAACUUUGCUUAUCGUCUGGAGCUCAAUGGCAAUCGACGCCGCCUCACUUGGGAAGCUACACCACGGUCCAUUCAUGACGGAGUGGCCUCUGCAAUUAUGAACAGUGACUGCCUUGUGUUUGACACCUCAAUUGCCCAUCUCUUUGCGGACAGUGGCAACCUGGGUAUUAAUGUAACAAUUUCUAUGUGCUGAGUGGCAUUUCUCAGUUAGCAGGUUGCUUGGAGUGGGGAACCUCCAGGCAAUGGUGGAAAUGGUGGCUGCCUGCUAGGCUCAGUGGGGCAAAAGCAGUACCUCUUUGUUUUUUGCAGAAGAGAUUAAACAAACCUUACACUGGCCAGUUAUUGCAAGCCACACACAAAGUUUCAUAAAUGUCCUUGGUUGCAUGUCCCACAUGCAAAUAAGUAGGCAUCUCUGUAACAAGAAGGUAUACUUGUUGGAUUGUUUCAAAACUGCCUCGCCCCAAGUUUUUUUUGCUACAGACUGCUGGCCAUGUAAGCAGUGUUGCACUGUAAUGCUUCUUAUCAUUGGCAUGCACCCAUUGGUGUAGGAGUGUGAGCACCACUUUGUCAUUUAAUGGUUAGAAACUCUUUGCCUUGUGCAGAUGUGUAGGAUACCUAGGCAGAAGAAGAACCUGGACAUGAACAUUGGUUAAUUAAACCAAGACCAAUAGAAAAGCAGGCCUUAACAUUGCAAGCAGAGUCUUGGUAGGAGUCAGUAAAAAGAAACCGAGGUAAAGGCACAGGAUUACCCCAAAGAUAGGCAAAUACAGUCCAGUUGGCAGAAUAAGGUAUAACGAGGGGAGGAUUAAAACGGCACAUCAUCUAUAAAGUGUUUUAUUUUGACAUUGAUCAUAUGCGUUUUGUGGAAAAAAGCAGAACACAACCCGUUUGCCAAAGAGGGAGAAGUUUGUGUGUGAUACAUCUAUACAGAAUGCACAUUAACACACCUUUAUGUACAAAGUAGCCAUCCAUAUUUCAAACCUUAUCAUCCAAAUCAGGGUCGAGAAAAUGUACAACUUCUAGAGGAGUAACAUUGUCAUCAUUAUUUUUUUGGUACAGGGAAUUUAGAAUGUAGUAAUUAUCUUGUGAUGAAUGUAAAAGGCUAUGGGAUUUGUCAUAAGUAGUCAGCGUUGAAUGAGGAAUUUUUGACUCUUGUUAAAAUCUUAUUACAGCCUGCAUGGAUUUGGACUGAGAAGGUUGCUGAGAGCACAAAUGGCAACAAAUACUGAGAAAAAAAAUGAUUAUAUAUAUGUAUUGCAUGAACUAUGCAAGCUUGUUAAGGUGGCUUUCUGAUUGCUAGAUUUGAAUCGUUGGAGAUUGUGGAUGAGAAAGCACAUUGCUGCUAUAGGGGAAACGUGUCCACAACAUUUCAAGAAGGGGGUUUUCACUUUUAUCUUUUUAAAUUCUGCUCAGAAUAUUUAAGAGAAAAAUGUAUAGGGUCUGGUGUACUUUGUUCCCCCCACUGUGACACGCCGUGCGUGAUGGUAAUUUUGACCCAAUCAUUGUUUGAACAUCUUCACCAGGAUGCUAGCAUUAAAGCUGUCUUGGCUAGGUCUAUGCUACCCUGACUUGCCACUUACCUCUGAGAUUGUAAGUUUAGAGCAAGCUGGCAUCCUGGUGGCAUGUGCUUUCCUCCAAGUCCUUUUCUGUGCUUUGCAUCCCUCAAAGCACUUUACCUCACAUGUUGCUGCUGUUACUGCCACAAACUUUAAAAUCAACCGCCUGGUUCCUCAUUGUCCUCCGUGUGACUGAAUCUUUCCAAUUGGAGUUUCGUAGAACUGCUGAAUUUAGUGAUUUUUAUACAGCUUUGUAUUUUGCUUGAUCAGCCCAACUGUAUGUAAUAUGAGCUGCUGCAGAGGUUGGGAUGCGAAUUCCGCACUGUUAAUGGCUUCCUUUGGCAAGCUUAUUAAUAGAACCACAAAAGAUUUUAUAGUCUUUUUAUAGCAUCUACAAUUACUCCAUUUAGUAUUAAUUACAAGCGGGGGACUUGUUUUAUACCUGUCAGUUCCUUGCUUAGCCUUACUUACUUUGUAAUUUUUGAGUUACAUUUAAAAAUGACCAUCAGUGUUCUUGAACUGAUGGCAGUUCCUUUCCUUUUCUUUUUUGGGCUAAAAUGACCCUCCUCUCCAAUGUAAAACAUCAAAUGUUGGUCUCCUGGCCUUGCUGAUUUAUCAGUCUUUGAGAAAACAAAUGUCCGUCACAGAAGUCGCCACUCUCCCUGCUUUCUUCUUGCAAAGGAAACAUUUUCUGGUGAAAGACUCCCUGCUCAAAUGGUGAGCCGACAACUGAAAUCACCGCAUCUGUAGGUUUGUCUUGUAUACAGAAGAAACAAAAUCAAGCACCUGAAAUAUUUGCAUCAAGUGUUUUUAUAUAUUUUUUUUUAUGGCAAAUCUUGAGAAUAUGUGAAUUGAAAAAUGUUUAUAAUGUUUAUUCUAUAAAUUUUUUUUUUGUUUUUUUAUUAAUAACAGCAAACUAACGGGUAGAUUUAAAAGAUUCCCCACCAUCCCCCCUAAACAGCCAGUGCAAUACUUAGAGCUUUCUGGAGCUGUUAAUGUUGCAGUGUGGGUCUGACGAGCUUGAACCGAGAUAACCUUGAAGAGCUUUGACAAAAUAUAUUUUUGGUACUAAACACAAGCAAGUAGGUGGCGCUCUUGCACUUAAUUUAAUCUUUCGUCAUUAUUCACACGUCUGUUAAUCUUUGCUCUGUCGCUCGAUGACAAGGAUGUUUUGCUUUGAGAUACACCACUAUGUAUGUUAUUGCCAAAACUUUUUAUUUUUAAUGAUUUUAUUUAUUAUUGUAAUAUACAAUUAUUUAUAGCAUGUUUUUGUAUUGGGACAAAAUAGAUUAUGCUUUCAGGAGUGUCCUUUUCUUUUUCAGAAAGCCAUAAUUGCGUUUUUAUUUUUUUUUAUAUAUAAAAAAAAAACAAAUAAAUAUAUAUUUAGUAUACAGGCUAUGCUCUGUUUUGUGAAAUGUUUAGUUAAACAUUAUUCUUUCUAAAAAGCACUGUCUAUGGUAGAUUCAAGUGUCCUCAUUCCUUAGUUAACGAAGAGUGUUACUUCUUAAUGUUUUUGGGGUGGUAGAUGUUGAUUUCUAUUGUUAAAUAUACAGGUUAGUUUUAAUUUUACAAUGAAACAACUGAAUCUGCACAGAAUGACACCUGAAAACCCAGUAACAGAAAUGAUACUAGUCUUUCAGGAUAAUACCUGAUUUUUGGAUUUUAUUUAAAUACAAGUUUAUUAUGCCUCUUGCCACAUUCCUAAACGCAUGAGGGUGUUGGAUCUUUUAGAUUCUCAUGCAACCAGCCUUCUAAAAUUCAGCUUUUCCUUGUCUUUUUGUUGAGUGUCUUGAUGGGAGUGUAUUUUGCACAAAUGAUUUUGCACUUGAAUUCAUAUCUUCAGUUCUUUCAAAAUAUAUUUUCUUUAAGUUUUAAUAAAGUUGUGGCAGUUGAUUCAGCUCUACAAAAAUCACAGACUUAAAGUAGUAUGAAAGCUUUUGAUUUAUAGCAAAAUCUGUGGAGGAAAAAAAAGUUUUCUUUUUUUCCUGAAUAUCAUUCAACUGUGCAUGUUUUAAACCAACACUAGAUUUUUUUUUACAGAUUUAGUUCAUUUCAGUCAGUGGGUUUUCAAGUCAUAAAGCAAUUGCAAUACAGUAGGAUUUGUUAUUUUCUGUAUAUGUGUGUGUUUAGAAAUGUCUGAAUAAAUCACAAUGUGAUGUUGCCAGCACUUAAAAUUCUUUUUUGUGUGUUAAAAAAACAAAAAAAAAAAAACGCCAAUGGAACAUUUUUACAAAUCUUAUUUCAUUAGUAAGGAUUUUGUAGUACAAAAAUCAUAUUGUGGCAUAAAGAGCCACCUGAAAUCAAGACCUCUUGAGAAGUUAAUUUCUUAAUUCUAGCUGAAUAGCAUCUUGUGUUUACUAUAUCUCAGAUUGAUACAUUUUCCAGUUAAUAAUAAUACAUUUCAUUUAUAUUGUUAUAUCAAUGGUUCUGUAAUGUAACUCCUUGUUUUAACAAAUAUUUUUUUGUGUAACCUCAACUCAGUGGGGGUAACCUGAAAAAAAACCCAAAUCAUACCAUCUUUAAAGAUAAGACAUUGAAUACUAAGCACACGUCUUUCUUUACAUUUAGAGUUGCACAUUACAGUAAACAUUUGGUUAGUAUUUGCAUUGCAAAAUAACACGUCAUGUCAACUUGAAGAAAUAUAAAGAGGGAUAUUUUUUAAGUUGGAUGAUAGUUAAAAAGAUUUCAGUGGAAUACAUUUCACUCUUGGAGAGAAAUUCUUCUAUGCUAGCAGAGCAUUUCCUUUAGCUACUGUAUUUUGAGACCGGACUUCUCUAAACCACAUAAUUUCUUCCACUUUGUGUGAAGUUUGACAAAAUUGUAAACAUUGCCGUUCUUGGUGCAUGAAAUACACUCUGAUAUAUCCACGUUAUGCCUUACAGAAUGGAUGUAUCUUUUUGUUUUUGCUUUACACAUCCAGGGGUUAAUUAGUAUGAAGAGUUUUGUAAGUUUUUAUUGGUAAAUAUUGUGUUUGUGUUUAAUAUUCUUUUUCACCUUAGGUAACACUACUGAAAAAUAACAAGUUUGUGCUAGUAAAAGAAAAUGGGUUUCUUAUAUACAUCCUUAUUUUUUAAGUCAACAUGUAAAUUAUACACUCAGUCCAUAAACUUCCAGAAUCUAUUGUGUGCAAGUAGCAAAGCUGUUUUGUUCCUUUACUGAUUUACGUUGUAUAUAUUCAGGACCAUCAGGAGUUGUGGCUUUGGUGUUUCCUAGUUUAGAUUCUUUUUUUCUGAUGCUUUAUCUACUGUAUUGUUAAAUCUCAAGUGUUGAUCUUGCCUUUUAUCUAGUAUAUGUUAAUCCUCAACAUCUCUUGUUUUUUUUUCCCAAAAACUUGAUUUAUUUCAACUGUGCAUCAUGGAUUUAUAGUAGAUGUAUUUACAGUUGUACAUUGAGAAAUGUUAAAAGUCAGAGUAUCCAAAGGUGAACAGUAAUGAGUUACUAAAGAGAACUGAUGGGCCAAAAUAAUUAGUGCAUUUUCACUUUGGUUGUAGGUGCCAUUAAAACUAAAUCUGGUUGGACAAUGUAGAUAUUGGAGUUUGGGUUUACCAGAAUAAUGAACUUUAAUACCAAAUAUACACUGCACUUUCACAGUACCUACCAACAAGGUUUGGAGUUACUGGUGGGAAGCGAUUGCUGUGCUGGUUAACCUCUGGUGCUCUGUUUAUUAUUUACUAAAGAUCAUUAGAUUGAUGGAAUUGUUCAUUUUUCCUUUAAACUUUAGAAACGGACCCUUUAUUUUUUUAGUUCAAUGCACUAAUUAUUUUGGAGAGACCCUCAUUUCAUUUUGCAUUUGUGUGUGUCUUUUCUGUAUAGCAUACAUCUUUAAGUGUAAAAAAUAAAACGGUAAAAUUUUAUUUUUAUUUCUUGAAAACAGUCCUGGUGGAAUACAAUAAGCUGCAUAUAUUGUGUCAAAAUGUAAAAUUCCUUCCCAUGAUUGAUCUCCUAUUUCUGCUUUCCUGUUUUUUUUUUUUUUUUAAUCUUCUUCUAAAUAAAUGACUCGUUUAUUUUUAAGGAUAUGUAUUAUUCAAAAAUGAUUGCCCUAGUAUAUAUUCCUUAAAAAAAAAAAAAA